GAGCUGAUGGAAUCAGUUACCGAAUUGCGGUGCACGCAAAUCUAACGGUGCCAAGUCUGGUUUGUACGCGGGUUUACGCGGUCGGCUGGUACGUUUUCGCGUGAGAACCCCGGACAGAAUUACUGAGAAGAAAACUACCUAAUAAAGCGGGUGAGGAUGGUCACCUGUAACUGCCCUGUAACACAACCAGGGCCGACUCUAGCUGCUACAUGCGGCGGAGCUCAGUUCAUGCUCUUCAUGGGAUUGCUGGAAGUAUUUUUGAGAUCACAAUGCGACUUGGAAGAUCCUUGUGGGCGCCCCGAAGCCACUCCGGUCCUGCCAGAGUACGACUUUAUUGUCGUUGGGGCAGGUAGCGCGGGAGCGGUUGUUGCCAGCAGGUUAUCUGAAAUACCGGAAUGGAAUAUUUUAUUGAUUGAAGCAGGAAAUGAUGAACCAACUGGAACACAAGUACCGUCUAUGUUUCUGAAUUUCAUCGGUUCUGACAUCGACUGGGGUUACCAAACGGAACCUGAACAACAAGCUUGCCUGGCUGAAAAUGAACAAAGAUGUUACUGGCCUCGAGGAAAGGUUAUGGGAGGUACAUCAGUUAUGAAUGGAAUGAUGUAUAUACGUGGUUCACGCAAAGACUAUGAUGACUGGGCUGCAGCUGGAAACGACGGUUGGAGUUACAACGAAGUGUUGCCGUAUUUCCUAAAGAGCGAGGAUAACAAGCAAGUUGACAAAAUGGAUCGGGGAUACCAUGCCGAAGGAGGCUUAUUGCAGGUGUCACAGUUCCCGUAUCAUCCACCAUUAUCCAGGGCUAUAAUUAAAGCCGCUGAAGAAUUAGGUCAACCCAUUAGAGACUUAAACGGUAUCUAUCACACCGGUUUUCAAAUAGCCCAAACGACGAACAAGAAUGGGUCGAGAUUGAGCUCGGCGAGGGCCUUUAUUCGACCUUUUAAAAACAGAAGGAACUUAGAUAUAUUAAUGAACGCCACCGUCUCCAAGAUCCUGAUAAAUACGACCACGAAACAGGCUUACGGGGUCGAAGUCUUGAAUCGUGGCACCAAACAAGUCAUUUAUUCCACCAAGGAAGUAAUCGUGUCUGGAGGUGCAGUCAAUUCCCCUCAAAUAUUACUGUUAUCUGGUAUUGGUCCCAGACAAGAACUUCAGCAAGUUAAAGUGCCCGUUGUACAGGAUUUACCUGGAGUAGGCAAGAAUCUCCAAAAUCAUGUUGCCUUCUUUACAAAUUUCAACAUAAACGACACGAAUACUGCCCCGUUAAAUUGGGCCACUGCUAUGGAGUACUUAUUGUUCAGAGAUGGUUUAAUGAGUGGAACAGGUGUUUCGGAAGUGACCGGCUUCAUUAACUCAAGAUACAACGAUCCCAAUCUGGACCAUCCGGAUCUUCAGUUUUUCUUCGGUGGCUUCUUAGCCAACUGUGCCAGAACGGGAAUGGUCGGCGAGAGGGUCGAUAACGGCACCCGCCAAAUUCAAAUUAUCCCGACAGUCUUGCAUCCCAAGUCCAGAGGCGAGAUAAGAUUGAAAGAUAAUAAUCCGGCAAGCCAUCCCUUGAUUUACGCUAAUUACUUCACGCAACCGGACGACGUAAAGGUGAUGGUGGAAGGAAUAAGAUUCGCUUUGAGAUUGGCUGAGACGAAAGCACUUCGAAGAUAUGGAUUCCAAUUAGAUAAGACCCCAGUUCAGGGAUGCGAAAGCAUCACCUUUGGGUCUGACAGCUACUGGGAAUGUGCCAUGAAACGUCAAACAGGGCCAGAAAACCAUCAAGCUGGUAGUUGCAAGAUGGGUCCCAAGGAGGAUCCUUUGGCUGUGGUGAAUCACGAAUUAAGGGUUCAUGGAAUCGAUAGACUACGUGUCAUUGACACGAGCAUAAUGCCAAAAGUUACAACAGGUAACACCAACGCUCCAGCUAUAAUGAUCGGCGAAAAAGGGGCCGAUUUAAUAAAGGGAAGAUGGCUGACACCUGAUGCUGGUUACUUCUUUUCCAAUCGCCCUCCAAAUCACAGGAUCAGCAGACAAUGGAACGGAUUCCUUUGGAAAAGAUAGUUUAAAAGACCGGCUAUAGAUAAUGCAUCCUUUUAUUCCUUUAAGAUUAGUGCAAAAACUACAGAUUAAGUUUUAAAAAAACUAAUUUAUGAUUUUCUAACUUAGAUUAAACAUACUAAAAGAUACAGCAAACCGGGUAUUCAAACACCUGCACGAAAAACGGAUGCCUUAAAUUUCUCAUGUAUUUUAAAGUUUUGUUACAUUAUUUGUAAGCAAUUUGUAGCUAAAUUAUUUGACUUUCUAGUAUCUUUUUCUAAUUUUUUAUCUGUCAAUUAUAAGAAGGAAAAAAAUAUUGAUAUUUUAGUGAAAGUUUGAAACAUCCUGUGGAGGCCGUUAACAAAUCAAGAAAUUUAAAAAUCGUUUUAACAUCUAGAUGUAUCUUGUUUUUUUAUUCAUCUGAUUAGCUUAAUUUUUUCUGGAGAUAUUCGCUUUUGAAGAAGACACUAACAUUUUUUCGUAUUUUUUACAUUAAAACCAUACCUUUGCUUUUGGUCCUAAUCGAUAGACAACAUAAUAAUAGUUAUGAUUUAUGUAUGUCACUGUCGUUGAAAAACCUUAUUGUUAUUGUUUGUUGGGCAGUUACUCCAGCAGAUAUGGUUUUAAGUCCAAAAGUUGAUCUCUACCAUAAUCAAUUAAAGCAACAAUUGCUGUCCUCCAUGCGCGAAUUUCGAGUUCCCGGGCUUCACGCCCUGGGGCUACUCGAGAACGGUUGUGAAAGGAGCGGUGCGCGAUAGCCUGGUGCCUCCAUAUGGCGCGGAACAGUUCUGGGGCUUUAUGACUCAAUUGAAUGGAGUGAGAGUAUCGCGUUCUUGAACACUUCAGAGCUGCUCAACUGCGUGAAAGGAGGACAGCAAAUAUCCGAUACUUCAGUAAAGGGAAAUUAAAACAACUUUCGUUGCUCGUCAUCAAUGACACCAUGCGUCUUAUGGGGUUUGCUUAAAACCAUCAACCAUCUCUACUAGAGUAAACGUCAAUAAACAAUAAUAAUAUGACUUUUCAAUGAGAGUGACAUUACAACAAUAAACACUAUUUUAUAAUUACUGCGUUAAAAUCGUUAAAAAUAACUAACUAAAACUAAAAGUGCGUUAAAAAUCGUUACUGUCUUAUUUAAAAGCGAAAAUCUCUAAUGAAAAUAAAGCUAUUGAGGCGAGUUAAAAAACAAACUAUGGAGAAAAGACGUAACUAGAUGAUAAAAUAAUUUUUAAAUUCCUUGCUUUUUUAACACAUUCUACAGGGAGGGGUUUCAAACUUUCACCAAACAACAAUUAAUCUAUCAACAUUUUGUUUUCCCUCGUAUAAUUGAGAGAUGCAAAUUUUCAUUUUUAAUUUAUAAAAAGAUACUAAAAAGUUAAAUAACUUAGCUACAAAUUGCUUAAAAAAUCGGUCCAUUAGAACAAAAUAUAUUAAACUUUAAAAUAUAUCAAACUUUUAAGGCUUUUCGUUAGGGAGAGUGUAGGUAUACUGUAUAUAUUUUUUUCUAUAUUUAAUCUAAGUUUCCUACUAUUAGUAGUAAAUAUUUAUUCACUGGAGGUGAAAUCAGUUGCAGCACAGUACAAGUAGAUUUUAGUAUUACUAAUUAAAGUGCUCAUUUGAUUCGUUUAGAAAAUACUAAGCCAUUUUGUAUCUUUUUCAUCUUUCGUGUGCACAUUGUAAAAAUUUCUAACCUAAGGUAAGUUUAAAUUCGAUAAUCAAAAAGUAAAAGCCAGUUAUUAAGGUUACAUAUUGUGCUAAAUUACAAAAAGGUACAUUUUACCUAGAAGUAGAUAAAAUAAUUUUGUAAAUAUUUAAAUUAUAUAUUUAUUGUAAUUGUCUAGAUAAUAUACAUUUGUAUUAGGUACGUUUUUGUCCGUGCGGACUACAGGGAUUUAUUAAAGGUAUCAUGUAUAGAUUUAAAUUACAAACUUGAAAUAAUAGCCAUGAAAUUAAU